AGAAAACAAUCAGGAAUCCACCUUCCGUUCCUCGUUCAGCUUCUCCCAACAAGUCCACGAGGUGAGCGAGUUGUUGGUAGUACGCGCAGCCUCCCUCCCCUCCGACACCACAUCGAGCGGCCAGUCUUCCUUUUCCUGCGGGCAACAUAACCAAGGAGAUUGGUUCGACCCUCUCUUUUAUCUUCUUCUCCUCCAAUUCUUCCCGGAUCGGAUCGCGUUUCCGGGUAGGAGGUCCGACCGUCAACGUUCCGGCGCCCUUCUCUCCAUGCUUCCUCUGUCAGGUCGUAGCGGGUCAGAUCGUCACUGACAUCCUACUCACUCGCUGAAGCCUGAAGGAUCACUUCUCCGCGAGUCGCGCGGAGUCCACAAAAGAGGCGGCGACAGAGGGCGAGAAAAUGAUUAAUUGUUGUUGUUGUUGUUGUUGCUGCUGCUGCUUUAUCUUGUGGCGUUGGCCUCCAGAAUCUUUCUUCUUGGUGGUUGUAAGGCUCUUUUGGUGGAAAAGAAGGGAACUUGUAAGAGCUGAUUUUGUUGUUGGCGUUGUAUGUUAUUUGCAGGCGAUGGCUGAUGAUGUCACACGGGUCCUCAAACCUCCUUCACUGGAGAAUCUGAUCUGUGUUUCUUUGCUUCUCUUUCGCUCUUGGCAGAAAUUGAACGCAUCCAUUAUUUUGAAGUUAAUACUGGUCUUUUGCUGGUAUUUAAUGCAUCUGCUGGUCUGUCUCGUGCAUAUAAUGGCCUCUCUGAAAAAAUGGCUGCUUUCCUACAUCAUUUCAUUUGGACUGCUAAGCAAGUAUCAAAAUCUUCAGUUGGACAUGCUUAACUGUCUAGCUGUUGUGGUUGAUAGUGAAGAAGCCACAGAUACAAGAAAGAUCAAGCAUCUUUUGUGCUGGUUAUUAACUAUGGAUAUCAAAUAUAUCACUCUUUAUGACAUGCAAGGUUUGCUGAAGAAGACUCUCGGAAAUGAUUUAAUGAGCUUGACAAAAACAAGUGCGAGAUCAUGCUCUGUUGAUGACGUAAAGACGAUGGCUUCAGUUUUUCAGAUGGAAAAGAUGACAGUAGAGAUACUUUCUUUAUCUGAUGGUAAAGAAGGAAUUGCUAAAGCAGCUAGCUUCCUGUGUUCAAAGUAUAUGAAAGAUGAUUCUGUAAGCUGCAACAAGUCAGAACCAGCCUUCACAGAAUCUGAUGUAGCAAAUGCUCUAAAUGCAGUAGGUUAUUGCGGACCUGAACCUCAGCUUCUUCUCAUAUAUGGACCAGCUAGAUGUCAUUUAGGAUUUCCUCCAUGGAGAUUAACCUACACAGAGAUCGUGCAUAUGGGUUCACUGAGAUUCAUGAAAUAUGGUGCUAUUCUGCGGGAAAUAUACCAGUUUUCAAAGAAGCACCAAAACUACGGCACGUAAUCAUUCUGUUUGCAUUUCUCAGGUUGCUGGUUCAGGACACAUCUGUGUUACCCAAUGCACUUGUGCACCAAAUAACUGCUUGGGAGAGACCUAUUUUGCUUCUACUGUUUUUUCUUGUGCGAAUUAAUAAUGCCCUUAAGUUGGUCCUCACCUGUAAAGAAAGGUGGAAUAAGCAUAUGCUUCAGUUUCUUUGCUCUCUUGCCCAUUAAUAAUGCCCUUGUGUAAAGAAAGCGCAUUAUUAUGGUUGUGUUCUUAUGGUGGAAUAAGCAUAUGCUUCAGGCGAAUUAAUAAUGCCCUUGUGUGUUCUUAUGGUUGUGUUGUAAUAAUGGCAAGCGCCACAGAGAAAUAAUAAAUUAUAUAUGAGUUCCCAAGAA